GAUCUCCCAACCAGCGACCAUGGCGGAGGCCACAAGACCACGAUCUAAGCUUCUCAAUCGGGGCCUCCCUGAUGAGAUCGUGAUAUGGGAGAUCCUCCUCCGCCUGCCCCCCGAAUCCGUCCUCCGCUGCCGCGCUGUCUGUCGCGCUUGGCGCCUCGCCACUUCUACCCGCGACUUCCUCCUCGCCCACCACCGCCGCCAGCCCUCCCUACCUAUCAUCUGUGGCUACGGAGACCGCCGAAACAUUCUCGUAUUAGAUCACCGGGCCACCGACGGUCAGCUCCAACGUGUCGCCCGGCUAGACAACACCUUUUAUCCUAAGGCCUCCUUUGACGGCCUCCUUAUUCUCUCCAAGUAUGACAUGAAUGGUGCCCUCGUCUUCUCCGUCUCCUACAGGUCAAGUGUCCUAGUCCGUGAUGGGCUGCAUUGGUACUCGGUGGAGCAAAGGCAACCGAUAUUGGUAUUCGACACCACAUCCGAGUUGUUCAGGCAUAUGUGUGCUCCAGUUGUUUCCAUUAAGUCGUACAUCUUCGAGAUGGAUGGCACGCUCGGCAUCUAUAGCCGUGACAACGCCAUGGGAAAUGUAGAUAUAUGGGUGUUGCAGAACUACGAAGGCGAGGUUUGGGACUGCAAGUACCGCGUCAAAUUGCCGAUGGUAGACAUCUCGGGGCAAUUGGGAUUGUCGAUUGACUACUGGGCUGUUAAGGCUAUGUUGGUGGACAGUGACGUCCUCUUGAUGGUUAUGUAUGGCCAGUGUGUGUGUUACGUUGAUACUGAUGGCAAACUGAUUGCUAGCUUCCGUCGCAAUCGCCAACCUUUACAUGAUUGCCAAGGUUGGCUCAAACAAAGUCUUGUUCAGCAUACAUUCUUCACUGCAUUAAAAGGAUAUUCUGUGAACUCUUGGCCUUUCGUCUGA